CAGUAGGUGGCGGAAUACACAUAUAAUUGAUACGAACGCCAUUAUAUCAAAGAAGUAGAAGGCGAGCAAUCUUUGGUACCUGAUUGGUCACUACAUUGACAAUACUUCCUGAAACAAUCCUUGUUGCAACAGCAAGUAUACGUUUCAGUAGUUUAGGGUUCAAAUCAACGAAAGAAAUCACAAUGGAUGAUCGUGAGCUUGAUCUCACCGAGUCACAGAAAGAUACCAAGUCGAAAUACCCGGCGAUCAACAAGAAGUAUGAAUAUUUGGACCACACUGCUGAUGUACAGCUCCACUCUUGGGGAGACUCUCUGGAGGAGGCCUUUGAGCAGUGUGCCAUGGCAAUGUUUGGGUAUAUGACAGAUACAGAGACAGUGGAGCCCAUUGACACAGUAGAAGUGGAGUCAGAAGGUGAUGACAUGGAAUCUCUUCUCUUCCACUUCCUAGAUGACUGGUUAUUCAAAUUCAGUGCAGAUCUUUUCUUCAUUCCCAGAGAGGUUAAAGUUUUGCACAUUGACAGGAUGCACUUCAAAAUCCGCUCCAUUGGGUGGGGAGAAGAGUUCAACUUGGUCAAGCAUCCACAGGGGACAGAAGUGAAGGCCAUCACUUACUCAGCCAUGCAGAUCCAUGACAUCGACAAGCCCGAGAUCUUUGCCAUCAUUGACAUCUGAGGAUACUACUACUGAGAAACUGUCCCAGAAGGGAACAGGACAAUA